AUGUUAAAUGCAGUGGCUGCUCAGAUUCGUUAUUCUAUUCCCGAAGAGAUGAAGAAAGGCUCCGUCAUUGGUAACGUUGCACACGAUCUUGGCUUAAAUAUAAAAAGGAUGAGAGCAGGGCGGGCCCGCAUCGUGACGGGAGAAAACAUCCAGUACACUGAGCUGAGGGCAGACAAAGGGCUUUUGGUCGUCAAUGACAGAAUAGACCGAGAGCAGCUUUGUGGAGAUGUGACGCCGUGUAGUUUCAGCUUUGAGAUCAUUUUAGAAAACCCGAUGGAGUUGCACAGAAUAACCAUCCUAAUCCAGGAUGCUAACGACAACGGGCCUCAGAUCUUGUACCCAGUCCAGACAGGUGGCUCAGUGCUGGCUGAAAUGGUGCCACGUUCGGCAGAAGUGGGCUAUCUAGUGACUAAAGUGGUGGCUGUGGACGUGGACUCUGGACAGAACGCCUGGCUUUCAUAUAAAGUGCACAAAGCAACAGAUAGGGCGCUUUUUGAAGUGGGCCUCCACAAUGGAGAAGUAAGAACUGUCCGCCAAGUGACUGAUAAAGAUGCUGUUAAACAAAGACUGACUGUUAUAGUGGAGGACAACGGGCAGCCUUCUCGUUCAGCUACUGUUGUUGUUAACGUGGCUGUGGCGGAUAGCUUCCCUGAAGUGCUGUCAGAGUUCACUGACUUUAGCAUGUAUGACAAGGAGUACAACGACAGGCUGACUUUUUACUUGGUCUUGGCUUUGGCAGUGGUCUCCUUCCUCUUCAUCACCUGUUUGUUGCUCAUCAUAUCAGUCAAAGUGUACAGGUGGCGACAAUCUCGCAUCCUGCACUCCAACCUGCCAGUUAUUCCGUAUUACCCGCCAAGGUACUCGGACACUUUGGGAACAGGGACCCUCCCUCACGUGUACAAUUACGAGUUGUGCAGGACUACUGACUCCAGGAAAAGUGACUGCAAAUUGGACAGGGCUUCUAGCCACAAUAUUCUGGUGAUGGACCCCAAUUCUACAGGGACGAUGCAGAAGUUAUACAGGGAGAGGAACAUCCUUGAUGAACCAGACUCACCUCUCGAGAACCAUGGUCAGAGACAUAAGGGCACCAUUAGCUUAUAA